CAUUGCCAACUAAACAUAAAAAAUUAGAGCCAUCCAGACGAGACUGGCAGAAGUCGUCGAACUCUAUGUACUGCUGCUCCACUUGUUCAAAGGUUGCGGGCUUGCGGCUAUUAAAUUCCUCCUCCUCUUUCUUCCCUUCACGUUUCAUAUAUAAAUCCCACGCCUUUUCGUUCGUCUCUUACUCUCCGAGCUUCAACACUAACUCUACAGCUGAAACAGAAUGAGCAAUUUAAGAGCCAAGUUCAUGGAGGUCUACUCUGUUCUGAAAUCGGAGCUUAUCAAUGACCCUGCUUUCGAAUUCACAGACGUUUCUCGUCAAUGGAUCGAGCGGAUGCUGGACUACAACGUUCCAGGAGGAAAGCUGAACCGAGGACUAUCCGUUGUUGACAGCUUUAAAUUACUGAAGGAAGGAAGGGAGCUAACAGAUGAGGAAGUUUUUCAGUCUUGUGCACUUGGUUGGUGUAUUGAAUGGCUUCAAGCAUAUUUUCUCGUUCUUGAUGAUAUCAUGGAUGGCUCUCAUACGCGUAGGGGUCAGCCCUGCUGGUUCAGACAACCAAAGAUUGGCAUGAUUGCUGCGAAUGAUGGCAUCAUUCUUCGUAACCAUAUUCCGAGGAUUCUCAAAAACCAUUUUAGGGUGAUGCCGUACUAUGUGGAUCUGCUGGAUUUAUUUAAUGAGGUGGAAUUUCAAACUGCCCAUGGACAAAUGAUUGAUUUAAUCACCACUCAUGAAGGAGAGAAAGAUCUAUCAAAGUACUCCUUGGAAAUUCACCGGCGCAUUGUUCAGUACAAAACUGCUUACUACUCAUUUUAUCUUCCAGUAGCAUGUGCAUUGGUAAUGGCAGGCGAAAACGUUGAAAGCCAUGCUGAUGUGAAGAAUAUUCUCAUUGAGAUGGGAACUUAUUUUCAAGUACAGGAUGAUUACUUGGAUUGUUUUGGUGAUCCUGAAGUGAUUGGAAAGGUUGGGACUGACAUUCAAGACUUCAAGUGCUCUUGGAUGGUUGUUAAAGCAUUAGAACUUUCCAACGAGGAACAAAAGAAACUAUUACAUGAGAACUAUGGGAAAGACGAUCAAGAGUGUAUUGCAAAAGUGAAAGAGCUAUACAACGUCCUUGAUCUUCAGGGUGUGUUUGUGGAGUAUGAGAGCAGCAGUUACGACAAGCUUACAAAAUCCAUUGAAGCUCAUCCAAGUAAAGCGGUACAGGCUGUGUUGAAGUCAUUCUUGGCAAAGAUAUACAAGAGGCAGAAGUAGAGACUGACAUACCGAAGUAGCCUGGCUCAUUUUUUAAUAAAAGACUGCGAAAAAGAAAAAUAAAAGAAAGAUUGAAAUGUAUUGUAUCCCCAUAUCUUUUUGUUUUCUGCUUAGGCUCUCAUGAAGAACUAACCAGCUAUGCUGGUUAGGCCUAACUUUGCUAAUUUGUGGAACUAUUAAUACAAUACAUUGUGUUAUUAGCCAAAAUUAGUACUUCGAUUUCAUUGGAAAAUUUUCAGAACCAGAAACCAUUUUGGUUGGUUCUAUAACAAAGUGAAGGUUGCCUGCCUAAUUUUUUUGGACAGUAAUACUCAAUUUCUAUAAACCCUAUUAGCCAAUGAUAGUUUUAGAUUAAGUGCAAAACAGAUAUUCUUGGACAAUUAUUGGAUGGUUUUCAUGGCAUCAAUUAUAAUCGGAACAAGAACAUAAGAGGUGCCAGAAACAAUGGAAACUAAAUUAGUGGCUGGAAUCUUCAGGGUAAGCUGUAACCACAAAUUUACUGCUGCAAAAAAGGAGGCGGUUGAAACUUGAAGCCAAAAAUACAGCUAUUAGUGACUGCUGUCAAAAUUUGUUGACAUUUCACAUUAAGAAAUCUCUCUCUGUGUUGGGGGUGGGUAGAACGAUAAAUGUGAAGCACAUUCAUCACAUUCUCACCCUUGUUCCUUGCCCUUGCUACAAGCCUGAGAGAAAAAAAAAAAAAAAAUUGCUUGGCCAUUUGGGGUUGAAA